GUUGAUUCCCUUCUUCUUCUCUUGCUUCAGAGAGCAGCAAAUACCAAAGAAAGAAGAGAAAAACAAAAAAAAAAUUUAGAGUCACUGUCGUCCGGUUCUCUGGCUUAUCCCCAGAGUCCCUGUCAGUGACUUACUUUUUCCCUUUUCUUCUCUUUUUUUCUUUUCUUGUGUUUAGAUCCCUUCACAUUCUUUACGUUCCCCAUUAUCUUUUGCUCCUUACACCCACACCCCUCCAAAAACACGUCCGCUUAACGCCAUCUUGAACUAUUAGAACAAUUGAUCAAACACCCACUCCGCCUCUUUUAUACCUAUAGACUGGCUUAUUUUAAGUCGCGUUAAGCUACUCUAUAUGUUUAUCUUCUAAAUGGUCUCCUCUGGCUGGUUUUGAUCCUGCAUGACCAUGUGGAUGGAGAGUCACUUGCACAUAAUAUCGAUGUUGCAAAGCUGAGCUUUGUGGUGCUUGACGCUGUUCUCGGCGAUCUCUGAGAAUGGAGCAUGUAUCUACUCUCUGUGCGAUUAGCACCGUCGGUAUUGCAGCGACUGGCUUUGCUCUCGGUCGCGUAGAUCAAACAACUUCAAAGUCAGGAAUCUUCCGACGAAAGACCCUCCCUCUGCAUGAUCAGUGCGCGUCAGCAAGAAGCACACCAGAGCCGGCCCUCUCCAGUGUUCCUCCGCGUUCUUCCAGACCGGCCACGAUCAAGGAAACGGAAUCAUUCUCGACAAACAAGCCCCAUGGCGCAAAUGAGAAUGGCGCGCCUGCCGGCAGUCGGCCAGAGGAUCCAAAUUCACGACGGGGAUCCUCUUUCGCUGCAGUAAGGUUGCGUCGCCGUGGCCAAACCCUCACCAGUCCGCCCCCGCGCGCCAGUGAAGACCAAUCACAUAUUUCUCAUGCUCGUCGGCCUUCUUCUUCCUGGCUGCGACGGCUAUCGAUCGUGUCAUUCCAAACGGAGGGUCGCUUCUCACCAAGUCCCGUGUCCCCAUCAUUCAAUGUACCAGCCAGCCCUGAUACAUCCCGCCCCUCGAGCCAACGGAGAACACCAAACAAGCUUGUCAAGCGUUCCUCGUCGCAGCAUUCGAAUGCACAUCCUGUAUCCCCCUCUACACCAUCAUCGUCUACAUUUCGUAGGCCUGCGACCAGUUAUCAGCGAUCUGAAACACUGCGGCAUAGAGCAACCCACAGCUUGAAUUUCGAGCCUGGUUUUGGAGUUGGAAGUUCCCGGGUACAAUCGACGUUAUUCGAAACACCCCCGGAGCUUGCGAAGCAUGAUGGUGAUUGGCGGCCCUAUUUGAAUUCUAGAUCUGAUAGAUUACCAGAAAAGCUGGCUCGCAGACUGUCAACCGCCGGGAGGCCAAAAGAUCACGGGUUACGAAAGAUCCUUCCAAGUGCAGAUGCUGUUCCUGCACUUCUUCUAGGUACUUCUAUCUCGAACAAGGAACCUGCAACUGACGUGGAGUUUGAUGUAUCGGCUCCUUCUACCCCCGCUACCCCCCUCAUUCCUGCUUCUCCUGUUCAAUUUCGUGACCCUUUCAAGCCUGUUGAUACCCCUGCUUUGCGGCCAGAGACCCCCUUCCCACCAGAGAAGACGAGCAACCAGCCGUCAGUAUUCACGGGCGAAGCGGAUCCAAAGCAAUCAGGCAUGAACUCACAUACAGUGACCUCUGGAAGACCCCGUGCUGGCUCUAUGAUCUAUGCAAAAAGAAGGGCCAUUUCCACCCCUCUGCCUUCAACGUCAAAUCGGGAAAGAUCCAGCAUACAAUCGCCACGGCGCAAUGAAAGACGUAACAUCACUGACCCAAAUGUUUUUCGUCGGCCCCCGACUGCUUCCCAGUCGGAGUAUCCCAUGUCUUUCGCAUCAGAAAUUAGGGGACCGCGUCGAAGCGUUCUUCCCCCCAGAUUGCCCCGUGACUUCAGAAUUGACAUGGGCCAUCUUCGGGAUACAACUCAACGUCCUUUGACGUCAGAUGCGGUGACACUGUCCGCUUUGCAGAAUGGUCCCUAUCGUCAGCCUGAGCCGGCUUAUUCACCCCCUAUCCGCCAACGUGCAAAGCGGCACUCCAUUGCGGCUUCCGACCCCGCAUCAACCGUUAUCGGUUCCGAUGAUACUCGUAUCUUCACAUCGGGCGAUGAAGACGAAACGGACUUUUUGACUGACACUGCUUUUGACUCUAUCCGCACGCACUUCACCACAAGUAGCAACACUGGUCUUCACCCCCCCCGAAUAGAGACACUCUUUGACAGAAAUCCUUCGACAGGACCGAUGAACGAAGGGCUUGUAAAGCUCGAAGAUCUAGUCCAGCAUGGUUCUUUUGCGUCUCGAUCUUUAGACAAGGGGCGCAUCUCUGACUCCGGUCUCAACUCCAUUCGUGCUCCAGAUCACGGACACCAAGGGAACACAUAUGGCUGUGAGGAAAACAUCAGGCUGUCACUUUUAUCCGACUUGUCGGAUGAUGAUGACGGCCAGAGUAUGGUUGCGGCGCUGCCUAGCGAGGCAAAUGGACAAUUAACCCAUUUAAUGCGCCCAAUUCUCCCAUUGGAGGCUUACCAGGAUGAGCCUGAUACCUUCUUUUCCCACCAUAUCUUUGACUCUCCCAAUGAUUCGAAUAAGCUCGCCGAUGGCUAUGAUUCACGCAGCCUAACCAAAGAGGCACUGGAUACAUGUCCAAAAAUGAACAUCUUCGAUUGGUCUGAGCAGCCUAGGAGCGACCGUGAAGUUCCAGGGUCUGAUUCUCGGCCGCGGACUGUCCAUGGGAAACACGGACCCGAGACUCGAAUUAGCCGCGCACCCGGACGUAAAGCCCCAAGUGCUUUACAUCUUCGAAGCCAAAGCGUCCCUGUAUCGAGGGAUCCUUCACUUCCAAGCGAGUCUCGUCAAACUUCUGGCAAGUUCGGGACAUGGGGAUUAGGUAGCAAAGGUGUAAGCGAAGACUGGGACAGUGAUUUUGAGUUUGACGAUGGGGAUGAAGGUACAUUCAGCGAGGAUCUGAAACCAAACAAUAACAUUUCCGAACAUCAUGGAAUGAUGGUUCCUCAGGCUAUCUUGGAACGCCAAGCCAGUCUUCGAGGACAAUUUGGUCAGGUUCAAGAACUUACAUUGCUGGUCGCGGAGAUGAAGCGCCUUCGCCACCAGGCAAGCCUUUUAGACGUUGUUCACGGGCCCUCGAGUGAGCUAUGGAAAGAAGCGGAAGGCAUUGUCGAUCUCGCUACGCUUGAUGAUGAUAACAAUGAAUCGCCCCCACGAUCUCCCUCUUCUUUAACGUUCAGCUUCGAUGACUCUGAGGGUGAAUCUUCCAAUACAAAUGACCCUUCGAAACGAAUUAGUGGAGAGUCAUGGCGAGCCUCACUCUCGGACCGAUCGAAUUCCGGUCGGCCAAAUCAGAACUCCACAAAAGCAAAAUCCGUGCUGGACCUGAUCUAUCAACAACGUGUCUCUAAUGAAUCCACUCUUAUCGAACCUCAUGUUUCACGCACCCAAAAACUCCCUUUCGACACACAAUCCCUUCGUGAUCUUGUCAUCCGUGCUGGUGUGAUUACCCGCGCUUUGAAAGAAGUGAUUCGCAAAGCAGAGGGUGUUGCAACCACCCCAGAACAGGAAAUACUUCCUUCAGACCCCCCAUUCAGUCAGAUAUUCCGUCAACCUACUAAUGAUAAUUUUUCGAACUUUGAGGCUUCUUGAAUUGGAUAAGUGCGCUUUCUCAUGUUCUUGAUGCCACCCUUAACGCUUUCUCUCUGAUUUCUCUUGUCAUACUCUCCCAGCAUCCUGAACGACUUCCUUGAUAUGAGAUCACGUGAAAGACCACGAAAAAGAGCAUCCAAUACGGAGGCCUUUCUAUUUUCCUUCCCCAUUUCCUUCCUGUACUAUUGGUGAUAAAGGGUGGUGCCCCAAAAACUUUUCUGUUCAAAUACGUCGCUUUUUUUUUUUUUUUUUCCAUUCUUCUUUUUGUACAAGUGAACCUACUGUUGUUGGUGU